AUGGCUGUGAAAUCUGUGAUGGGGAGGCUUCUCGCGGCGGCGACUUCAGGUAAUAUCGAGGAGAUAAGGGAGAGAGAGAGUGGAGGUGGGGCGCAUGAUAUUGGUGGGUGGCGGAGGAUAAGGGUUAGUCAGACGCGCGCGAAAAAGCGGUGUGAGGGACGUGCGGCUGAUUUCGUGAUGGAAGCAACCACCGUAGUGGGCAUGGUUAGAGGCUAA